GCCAGCUUGGCAUCCUCGCUAUCCGCACUAGUCUAAGCGAGAGUGACUUUCGCGAUCGAACGGAGACGAGAGAGGUUUAGCAAAUUUUAUCGUCUCUCGCCAUGUUCCUUUCGCUGCGUUGAAAAAUUAAACCCUCGGCUGAUCAUACGGCGGUACGAUGGAGAAGGGAGCCGAACAACGAGAUGCGCCCGCCGCUGCAUUGCGGCCGGUCGACACGGAGUCAGUCGGCGACAAGGAUGUCGCUAUCGCGAUGGUCGGAGAGGAAGAACAUACGGUUGAUCCCGUCGUCGUCCGGCGUGCCGUUCGCAAGAUCGAUUGGUUUUUUAUUCCAGCUAUGACUGUUGGUUAUGGGCUCGUAUACUACGACAAGGCUAUUCUGGGAUCUGCAGCCCUAUUCGGCAUGACGGCAGACUUGAAGCUCAGCGUCCCGGAUCCGCGGCACCCACCCGCGGUUGACACGUCGCGGCUCAGCUGGGCAACGUCCAUCUUCUAUUUCGGUAUGCUGGGAGGGCUUUACCCCAUGUCAUAUGCUCUACAGCGCUUUGAGACGGGACGUGUUCUCGGAGGCGUUGUUGUGCUCUGGUCUUUGAUCUGCAUGCUUACUGCUGCGGUGACCUCCCAUCAGGGGUUAUAUGCACAACGCUUCUUCCUGGGCUUCAUUGAGAGUAUCAUUCCGACGGGGUUUAUGUGCAUCGUCAGUGGGUAUUAUACGCAGCAAGAACAAUCUCUGCGACAGAGCUGGUGGUUUUCCUCGACCGGACUCUGGACGAUUAUUGGUGGUGCUCUUAACUAUGGGUUUGCCCAGAUAACAGGAGGCGGUCUACGUCGUUGGCAAUACAUCUAUCUCCUAGCUGGAUGUCUUACAUUUAUUUUCGGUCUAUUCUGCUUUGCCGUCCCGAGCUCUCCCGUGUCGGCAUGGUUCUUGACUAAAGACGAGAGGUUCGCCGCAGUGGAGAGACUGCGAUACGGUCAAACCGGCGUUCGCUGUACCAAGUUCAAAUUGUCGCAACUGAAGGAGGCUGUGCUUGACGUCAAGAUAUGGCUGAUAGCUAUCAUGAUGGCCUCAGCUUAUACCGUGAAUGGUGCUGUCUCCGGCUUUGGUCCUCUAAUUGUGUCAACAUUCGGUUGGAGUACUUUAGAGUCUAUCGUCUUCCAAUUUCCACUAGGAGGUCUAUGCUUGAUCGCAAUUCUACUCACAGGCUGGCUUGGGUCGCGUUACCCAAAUAUUCGCAUAUUCAUGUUGAUUAUCUGUUGUCUUCCAGUCAUAGCAGGUUGCGCCAUCAUCUGGAAGAGCCAGUGGACAUAUCAUGCCGCAGCGCCCGUAGUGGGUUAUACGAUUACGGGUACCUUUGGCGCCGUGGUAAGCUUGAUUAUCACGAUUGGAAUGUCCAACGUCGCCGGGCACACUAAAAAGAGCUUUACUUCAGCAACUAUCUUCGUCGCAUAUUGUGUUGGAAACAUCAUCGGACCACAGUUGAUCAAGAGUCAGACUAAAGCAUCUCAUUACCCCGAGCUAUGGCUUGGGCUCAUCAUAUGCUAUUGCAUAACCAUCUUAGCUUCAAUAGCCCUCUUCAUAGUGCUCAAGCGUGAGAACCGAAAGAAAGAAUCCGCAAUGGUAGAAGACGAAGCCGAGAGAUCCAAACUCGCGUUUCAAGAUCUCACGGAUAAGGAGAACCCGUAUUUCAGAUACGUCAUGUAAGGUUGAAUGAAGACAGUUAAUGGCAACUAUUACUCUGUUGUGUAGUUGACAGUUCUGCCAUUACUUCGUCAUCCCUGAUGACUUUGUGUGUGAGCCAAAUAUGUUUUUGAAGCGCGUGGAAAACUUGGAUGACUUCACUUCCCCGCCCUCCUCAGAAAUAGAGCCCAGGCUCAUAAGGCUACUUCUACGGCGUUUCACGGCAUCGCUGAUGGAACUCAUGUCGCGUACAAUCGCUUCCUCCCGUGUUC